AAUUUUAUAAGGGGAAUUAGAAACUGUUUUUAUUUAUGCCUCCGCGACUAUUUUCUUCCACCUCCAAGUUACCAUUCUAGAUUAUAACUUCUUCAGCACGAGCGGUAGCCCGGGCAAGACCCAUGCUGGAAAAGAAAUUGGCCGCAGCCACAGAGGCUGAUGGCGACCCAACUCAAUUCCAGUUCAACGCUCGAAGCUGCGAGUCUGCUCGUCGUGUGUUUCCGCGUACGUUUUCCGCGUAUGCUCCGGCGUUCAGUUGACAAUUGGACGAUUUCCGCGGCGCCGGGUGUAAAAUUGUGCAUUUUCCGUUUGUUGUUGAUUUCACGGGACAGUGUUUUCUGUCGGUAGUCUGCGUGGGAAUUGUGACGGUUUUCAGUUAUAUCGCGUCGACCUUGUGAAUUUCGGUUUCAGACGAAUUUUCGCGUUCCUGGAAAAUGUGCAGUUUAAUGUGCAACUAACAGAAGUUUUAACCCUUGCUGAGUGACGUCGUCUGGUGGAAACCCGUGUCUUGUCAGAUGGAAGUGUAUGAAUUUGUGUCAGUUUGAAAAGUGAAGGAAUUUCUUGUUUUACCCUCGCCCAGUCUGGAUAAAAUGGAAUCAGGACUGCAAAGCAACGAAGUUCGCAUCCCGAAAACAGCGACGAGCACUUCCUUCAAACUUUCCGGAGUGUUUUCCGCCCCGAAAGCUAAGGGCGAGGAGCCCGGAGGACCAGCCUCGAAUCCGCCGGAUUUUGAUUUGGGGUCGCCGUGUCAGUAUUUCAAAAGUUCGUUCGCCCGGUCGCUAUCAAUGCACUCGCACCAGACGAAAUCCUUGGAUUUCGGCGUGAAUUUCGGAUUAUCGAGGAGUGCAACAAUCCGUGAAAUGACGACGACAGCCUCCGGCAAGGAUGCUGCCUACUCGGACGGCGAAGAUUUCGAUCUCGAGUGUCCGCCCCCGUUACCGCUCAGUGAGCCGCCCUCAUUGCCUGCAGCAAUUGGUAAUGGACAAAUGGUCAUGAACGGGAACAGUGCUGCGGCGCGGAACACUCGCAAUGCGGCUGCAGGCAAGCUAAAGAACUCAGCGAAACGCAGAAGCUUCGAUUCUACCGAGAUAGAAGUCUUAAGGUUGCGAAAGGAAUGCCAAAAUCUUGUAGAGGAGAAUCGUCGGUUAAUGGGCUUUGCAGCGGGAACGACGACCAGUAAUCUUGUUGUGCCAGCAAAUUCUACCAAUAUAGAAGCCGUAAUUCUGCAAACACAAGUUGAAACACUCCAAUGGCAGCUUAAACAGGUUGAGGCCAGUCGUGAAAUGUACCGCGCUGUAAUGGAAGAAGUUGUUCGGUUCUUGGAACGUUGUCAUCAUAAUUUGGAUUCUAUACAAACUGAACAAAUCGCACGAUCAAAGAGUAUACAUUAUGUAUGUCGCAAUGAUUCGCCUUGCGAAAAUAAUUCAACAGCAGCACGAGCACGGAGCAGUACAAAUUUGAUAGAUGGAACUUUAAAAUAUUGUCCCGGAAAAAAUAUGGACGAAACAUUUGUGUCAUCAUUGCCCGCCGCUGUUGCCUGUAAUAAUUUUAGAGAUUAUACGUGGAAGCGAUCGCCGAAACGAAAUUCAUCAUCGCAGCUUGCCGCGAACGAAUUCCAUCCGGCGAAACUUGCCCAAGAAGCGUUUCGCCUUCUGCGAACCGCCCAGAAUCUGCUCCAUACGCAAGAACCAGAUUUAACCCAACCGAAACCAUCAUUGGCAUCGCAGUACAAGGCAAAUUCAUCAAGCCCGCUACCAGGCCAAAUUCAACAAAAGUCCUCCUCUUCGAAAUUACUAUCGAAGCAAACCUCCCGCCAAACAGAACCAGAGUCAUUUUGCCUAACAUUUUCACGAAAGUUGAAUAUGCGCGAAUCGCGAUCUUCAUUACGUAGCAGUACUGAUGGAUCCGUGCAUUCAACCUCUUCAUCGAAAACUGAAACGGAUGAGGAGAAUUGCUCUCCCCCGAACAAGGAAACUGCUAUUUGCUCUACGGAAGACGAAAGUGGUUUUAGCUCCAUAAGCUCUUUCCAAGAAAUCGGUCUUCCGCUUCAUUCAACUAUGAUUAGCCACCAAUCAGAUGAUUCGAGUGAAUCGAAUACUGAAUUUAGCAUGGAAAGUAGAAAUUCAACACUGAAGGCCUCACAUACUACAACAGGGCUACCCCAGCCAAAUCAUCGAAGAUGGGACUCUGCUCCAGUAGUCCCACCCCGACCUGGUCUUCACUUAUUUUCUAGCUUAUCAGGGGAAGAAUCUUCAUCAGCAGUACUUUGGGUUUAAGAUUAUCUUUAAAAUGAAAAAUCGUUAGGAGCUAGAAAGCUUAAAUUCGCAUUUACUAGAAAUAUAAACACGCGCAAAUCAGAUGCAUUUAACAAGUCCACCAAAGCGUUCGAAUUUCAAAAAUAAAAUUGAUACAAAUCGAUUUACUUUGAAAAGCUAUUACGUCCAGACAUGACAUUUGGGGAAAAACAGCUUUAUUUAAAACGUACUUAUUUUCAUGAUAGAAACCCAAUCCAGUUGCAGAAAACUCUUGCGAUGGAAAAGCACAUUUGUUCGGGGAUCAUGACAAAGUUCUAUUCUGAUUGCAGAUGAGAUGAUCCUGCGGUGCACAAAUCCAACUGUAGUGUUCGGGGAAAUAAAAUCCACUUUUGUAAAGAUGAAUCUAUUAUCCUUUUAUAAAAUAUCUUCCACCGCUGCAAUAGACUAACCCACUGAAUAUGGAUUUAAAUCAUUUUUUAAAAGUUACUUUUCGGUAUGCGGAAGUUUAAGUUAUUGCUGAUAUUAGAUUUACAUGUAAAUAUAAACUUUCAGCUUCCGCACAAAGUCAGCGCAUGUUGGCUAACAGUUAAGUAAGGAAUUUUCCAAAAAUUUUGGAAAAAUCUGAAAAAUAUAAAAAAGUUAACUGUACUUUAGCUUACUCUUGUGCUUAAAAUAUUUUUUAAUCAUAUAGCAGUAAUAAAAUAACUUUUAUGGCGUA